AUGGAAGAGGUGUUUAACCACCUGAAGCCAGUGGAACCUGUACAGAAGAUGCUCCCAUGGGUGGAUGAGAUGGGAGCUUCCCUGCAGAAAGCCAUGAAGAGAGCUUGCUGGUGGGAGUCAUGGGUGAAGAAUCCAGUUACCUUUGAGGAUGUGGCAGUCAAUUUCACCCAAGAAGAGUGGGAAUAUCUAGAUGCCAGUCAAAGGGUCCUUUACCAGGAUGUUAUGUCGGAAACCUUUAAGAACCUGGCAUCUGUGGCCAGAAUCUUUCUGCAUAAACCAUAUCUGAUCACCAAACUUGAGCAAGAAGAGAAACAGUGGAGAACACAUCUCCAUCUCACAUACAGAGAACGCCUUCUUUCAGGAGGCAAGGAGGAGAGACCUCGAGAACAAGAUCAGAGACUGAGAGAUGAGGGGACUAGUGAUGACAAGAAGACCUCCCUUGCUUGUAGAAGGGCUGGCCAGCAUCCUGCCUCUGCUUCAGCUGGGUCUACAAACAGGACCCCAGUGUUGCAAGCAUCUCGGGCUAGGCCACUCUUUUCUUGCCACACCUGUGGCAAGUGUUUCAGUAGGCGCUGCUACCUCUAUAACCACCAGUUUGUUCACAACCCCAAGUGGACUAACAGCUGCAGCCAGUGUGGGAAGUUGUUUUGGAGUCCCAAGUCCCUCAGUGACCACAAACGCAUGCAUCUUGGGGAGAGGCCCUUCUGUUGCUCACUCUGUGAUAAGACCUACUGUGAUGCUUCUGGACUGAGUCGUCACCGCCGUGUCCACUUGGGUUACCGGCCCCAUUCAUGCUCCAUGUGUGGGAAGAGCUUCCGGGACCAGUCUGAGCUCAAACGCCACCAGAAGAUACACCAAAACCAGGAGCCAGUGUCUGGAAAUCAGGAGCAUAUCGUGAGGAUUCCAGGCAUCCCCACUGGAUUCCAGACACCCAUCAUCAGAAGCCGGAGGUCCAUCCAGGGGCUUGUGGAUGUUAACCAAGCACCAGUGGCUCAGUCCCAGCCACCUGUACUUAAGAACCAAGCUCCUUUAACCAGGACCCAGGCACCCAACACUAGAGCCCCCUGCCUGGAUACCAGAUCCAACUCUCAUCCAGUGAAACUCUCAAGACUCAAUGUCUUUUUUUGCCCCCGUUGCCCCUUGACUUUUAGCAAGAAAACCUAUCUCUCCAGCCACCACAAGGACCACCUCACAGAGCAGCCCAACUGCUGUUUCCAUUGCAGCAAGUCCUUCAGUUCAUUCUCCAGGCUGGUCAGGCACCAGCAGACCCAUUGGAAGCAGAAGAUCUACCGUUGCCCUGUCUGCGACCUCUGCUUUGGGGAGAGAGAGGGCCUUGUGGGUCAUUGGAAGGGCUGUAAAGGCAAGGAACUGUGCCUGGGCAACCCUCGUAAAUGCUGGCUGAUCCUGGGCCAGUGGCUUGGCUUCUUUUGUGAUGCCUCCUCCAUGGCCGGGAAGGAUCAGAGGCAUGGAGGAAGCAGGUCUCCUCCUGGGAUCCAUAACCCCAGGAGAGGGGUUAUAAGGGAGAAGGCGUGCACAGGAGACAAAGCAAAGGAGGCAGCGAGCAUUUUGAAGCAUAAAUAAAUGGCCUCUCUGACUGAGGUCUUUCUUGGUGUUUGGUUUUCCUGAGGACUGACCUCC